AUGUCUCCGGCAGCUAAGCGCAAGGGAGGCGAUGAGUCGUCCAGCGAUAUCGAGCACAUUCCUGCACUGGAGUUGAAACGGCGGCGAUGCUCUGGUAAGGCUGACACUGCUUCUGCUGCUGCUGCAAAGGAUGAGUGUCCAAGUAGUCCUCUGGAAGACGGUGUCGCGAGAACCAUUGAGCGAGACGAAUUGCGAAUGAGUCCCGCCGGAGUAAAGGUAGAGAAGCACGGCGUCAAAGACAGCAGCCGCCGAGAAGAAGAAUGGUUGAGGGAAGCGUCUACGGCUACAAAAACAGAACGGCCCGUCGUCCACGUCGUCCGCGCCUGCGUCAAGAGAGAAGAUACAGGGAGCUCCGACGCCCCGGACUCCCAAGAGGAGCCCGCGGAGCCGCAGCCGAGAGACCAACAGCACUGGCGACGCAGCGCGGCGCCGUCGCCGUUUGCCUCGGCGCACCACGGCGCUGCCGCCGCCGCCCAAAGCCGCGUCAUCCGCCCCGAGGACAUACCGCGUGUCCUCAAACACGUGCUGCGGCCGAGCGCCGACAAUCCGGGGCGCUGCCCGUGCGGCUGGUACGAGUUCUACGCCGUGUGCGCGCACGUCGCUCGCCGCGAGAUGUACAGGUGCGGCGCCCGGCGCGCGGUCUCCGGCGACUUCGUCUUUUGCGGCUCUCCGGCACCCCGGCACAACGUCGACGACUACAUUGUCGACCAGCCCUGCAUGAGCUGCCGCGCUUUCGGGCCCGUCGUCAAGCUCUCAUCCUAG